UCAAGUGAACGAAAAGUAUUUAAGCUGAAAUUUAAUUUAAUAAAAUUAAACGUGAGAAAGUUUCAUAAAAAUCGCUGAAGAAUAGCGUAAAUUUACUCACUACUUGUUUCGUUUUAUGCAAGUCACCAGCUUAUAUAUACGGUACAUAUUUCGUUAACUCUCGCCUGACGGAGAAGAUACAAGCGCUCAGCUCGAACUAAGAGUUGUUAACCUACUUUUUAAUUAUUUUCGAUUGAGAUUUCGAAAUUUUAAUGACACAUCACAUGGAUUCCAGCAUAUCCAUAAAUAAGGAGCAAAUGGAUCCGUAUAUGAAGGCCAUGCAUACCAAACGCUUCGUGGUAGAGGAUUCAAUAACCAAAGUGACUUCCGAUGGCGAACCACACGAAAUGAUGACAAUCGCUGGACUCUCUGGUCUUUUUGCUGCCAUGGUCAUACUAGCUGUGCUAGUAUCUCUGGUCAGCUGCAAGAGCAGCAAGAAAGUACGACAUUGCAAAUUUCCGCGCACCGCAAAUGAAAAAGCUGGUAACACCGCACGUACAUUAGAUGAUAAUAGUACACGUUCGUCCAUAUCGACCACUUAUCGUGCCACAAGCGUCGAAGAUCGGCAACACUGUGCACCAACACCCAUAUACAAUCCGGCUGUUCGAUGAUUUUCUUGUAAUCUAUCGGGCAAUCUAAAUGCGGCAUUUAUGGGCAGUGAGUUGAUGACGAACACGCUGGGCAAGCCAAAGAAGAAGACUGCACUGGAGGAUGAGGUGAAUGCGCAAGUGAAUGUGAAGGAGACCGCUGUGGAUAUCGAGCGUUUUUGAAGUUCAAGAAAGGAGAAUUGCUUGAAAAAA